UUUGCUCUUGGUUUUGCUUUUGCUUUGCAUGCUUUGCAUAUAUACACAUUACACACAAGAAGUUCUUGCAUAAAUAUUUUCGAGACAAUUUUCAAGUUUUCGCUGUAUUUAUUAAUGUACUUGCAUCUUCUAGCUCUGAUUGACAAAGAAGAUACAUCGUAAUGUCUGACUCUGAGCCCUCUGAGGCGAUGGAAGACGAGGCGUCCACCAGCGCUUACCACUUGAACAAGUCCACAAAUCAAGAGGAGCCUCAAAGCGAUUUGACACAUUUGAUGAUGAAAAUCGGCGAAAAAUUCUGCAGCUUUGAGCACUACAAGGCCAGAAUCAAAGAGCAUGAGCGGGUGACGCGCACCAAGUUUUCCCUGUACGACACCAAACUUCUUACCUGGUUCAAACAACCGGGCAGAAACAGUGCAAGAGUGGCACAUGCAAAUCCUGAGCUAAAAUACUACUCGCUUACAGCCAGUUGCAUUCGAGGACGGAAUUAUAGGCGGAAGCCUGUUAAUAAGCAGAAGAUUAGAAACAAACCUUCUUUGAAAAUGGGGUGCCCUGCAUUUUUUCUCCUGCGAAUGACUCCAGAUGGUCAGUUCCUGCAAAUCGUCAAAAUGGUCAAAGAGCACACUCAUCCUGUUGGACAAGAGGAAGUGAAACUUUCCAGAGAAAAUGCUUUAAAAAUGAAGGUUGUCGUUCAUGACGGGUUCCUCUAUCGUAGAUUGAAACCAAAAAAUGGUGAAACAAUCUUGAAGUGCCAAAUGAACAGAUGCAAAGGUCAAGCUGUUGAAGACGAUAAUGAAGAAAUUUCUGUAGUCGUCCCCCACAACCACGAUGCUUCAGAAGAGUCGCAGAAAUUGAAAGCGUGCUUGAAAAAGAUGGAGGAACGGGCCAUCAGUGAGGCCAUUCCUGUAGAGCAAAUCUUUGCCGAAGAGGCUGAAAAGAAUCCGGACGUGAUCACAAGAAAGAGUGAAGGUUUUGUGGUGAAAACCUUGACAAAAAAGAGAACCCAGACUGAACCACACAUGCCAGAAAGUCUUUUGAGUCUGAGCAAAUUACUUGUGAGUGACAAGUAUAGGUUCCGCUACGGGUGCAACAUGGAGGAGUUCCCAAGAGAACUUUUCAUUGGUUGCAUAAAGGCUCGGGACAAUGAAGUUGCAGUAAUCUUUGCAUCUCUUUUCCUCUGCGAGAGGUUUAAUGGCCCAGUAGAUGAAAUGCACAUUGAUUGCAGUUUUAACGACUUUCCUGAAGUCCCCUCGGAUAUGAAAUACAUGUUCAGCAUCCACUUUGUCAAAAAGAAAAUGUUCUACCCCUCAAUUUAUGCAUUCACGUCGAGUCGAUCUUCCUCAAUGAUCCAAGGCAUUCUGAUGUACCUGCAGCAGGAAGUGAUCCAAAACGCAGCACCAGACACAAUUUAUGUUGAUCUGAAGUGGAACAUUACGUCAGUCUUAAGUGAGAGGUUCCCUGGAUCUUUUAUUGAGCACUCGUACCUGUAUUUUGUCAAGGAUGUUUGGAAUCAAGCCAGGGAAAUUGGCUUACUAGGACUUCCAGAGCAGGAGCACGUUGUUUGCUGCAUCCAGCAACUGAUCUGCCUGCCUUUCCUACCUGCUGACCACAUGUUGCCUGUCCUUAUUGAAUUUGAAAAGUGUUUGCCGGAAGACAUGAUAAGUUCUCCUGUUUUUGUCCUUCUGAUUCGAUACAUCCAGGACUACUGGUUAGACGUUUAUGGGGAGCAUAAGUUGACAAUCCAUGAGAACCAUAACCGAAGCAACCUACUUGUUAACCAGUUUCACAAAAAGAUAUCUUCUGCCUUUUCAGUUGACAAACAACCUAGUGUCUGGUCUAUAAUAAAAGCCCUGCAGCGCAUAGAAAGGGAUGGAUCAAAGUGCUACAAUAAUGAGAUCAACAACUUCCCAAUCAAUUCGACGACGCUGAUGAAUAUGUGUCAGAUGGCAUACGACGAAAGAGUGACUAAGUUAGAACAUGAAAUUCUGACGGAACAAAACCUCCCGAUCAAUGCGCUUGAACCAUUGUCAAGAAGACCAGUCAUCCUAGGACUCACACCUGAGGAAAGCAAAAGUUUUGUUGCUGUGAACUUAGAAGUGGCAGAAGUUGUGGUCGAAGAGACAGUGAGUGAUCAACAAAAAGUGACUCGAGACUGAUUAUUUGUAGAGAGUACAUACUAUUAUAUUACUUGAUACAACUUCUAGUUGAUCUGUUUCUACCAUUCUAUUGCUAUAGCUUUGCAUGCUAUGCGCAAAGGAUUUAAUUCUCUCUCUUUUGUGGGUUAUUGCAUCAUUUUCACCUUGAUUUGAGAAAAGUCGCAGUCAACUUGCUCUCACACUGUCUGCAUUGAACAUAAAUUUAUUUGAAGCUUAAAUAAAGAAAUUAGCAGAAAGAAAA